AUGACUUCGCUGUCGGUACCGGAGCGGCGGACGGUGCGCAUCGUGUUCCUGGGCGCAGCCGGCGUGGGGAAGUCUGCACUGAUCGGGCGCUUCCUGCACGAGCGGUUCGAGCCGCGGCACGCGCGCACCGUGGAGGAGCUGCACGUGCUGGAGUGCGAGCUGGAGGGCGCGCGGGUGCGCCUGGAGAUCCUGGACACGAGCGGCAGCUACGCGUUCCCGGCCAUGCGCGCGCUGCGGAUCCGCGCGGCGGACGCGCUGGCGAUCGUGUACUCGGCGCGCGAUGAGGAGUCGCUGCGGGAGGCGCGCCGGCUGCGGGACGAGAUCACCGAGCUCAAGGGCGAGGCGUUCGACGCGGUCGCCGUGGUGGAGAACAAGGCGGACCUGGUGAGCCGCAGCCGCACCGAGACCGCGUGCACCAUGCGCGCCGUGGAGGAGGAGUGGAGCGCGGGGUUCGUCAGCGCGUCCGCGCGCACCGGCCACAACGUCGUGUCGGUGUUCCGCGAGCUGCUGGCGCGCGCACAGCUGCCCAGUCGGGUGAGUCCGGCACUGCGCAGGCGCACGGAGAUCAUGGACAGGGACUGCGGGGCCACAUCAUGCAAGAAAGCGCCCAUGAGGAAGAACAAAAGCUGCGUCGUGUCAUAAAAAACUAUAACUAUACAUGAACAUGCACGUGUGUGUCGAUCUUAUGCAUCACAGUGAUGCUGUGCAGACUUUUUGCUGACAGUUUAUGUGCCAGUGGUA